GCGUGCACACCACGUGACCCAGUUACGUCACGCCCGCGCUAGCAGUCACAAGAUGGCGGAGAGUGCGGAACUAAAGCAAAUGGUGAUGAGCCUGCGGGUGUCGGAGUUGCAGGUUCUUUUGGGUUACGCUGGUAGAAACAAACAUGGGCGAAAACACGAGCUCUUGACCAAAGCCUUAUAUCUUCUGAAAGCCGGCUGCAGCCCCGCCGUCCAGAUGAAGAUCAAGGAGCUAUACAGACGACGCUUCCCAACCAAGCUGGUGUCUCCAGCCGAGCUGGCCCUGCCCGGUGUUCACCCCGCUGCUGCCAACCUUCCCCACGGCCUCACUCAGCUGGGGUUUGAAGGGCAUGGAGCACCCCCAUCCCCACUGCUACCCAUCUCCCUUCUCGGGCCCAAACAUGAGCUGGGUCUGCCCCACCUUCCCAACAACCUGCAUCCUGUACAUCCUGACGUCAAACUACAGCGGCUUCCCUUUUAUGAUGUACUGGAUGAGCUCAUUAAACCGACGAGUCUUGCUUCAGAUAACAGCCAGAGGUUUCAGGAAACGUGUUUUGCCUUUGCGUUGACGCCACAGCAAGUCCAACAAGUCAGCAGCUCAAUGGACAUAUCGGGGACCAAAUGUGACUUUACAGUUCAAGUACAGUUACGGUUUUGUUUAUCAGAGACAAGCUGCCCUCAGGAGGACCACUUUCCCCCAAAUCUUUGUGUUAAAGUUAAUGGAAAACCAUGUAAUCUCCCAGGAUAUCUCCCUCCUACCAAAAAUGGAGUGGAACCAAAGAGGCCCAGCAGACCCAUUAAUAUUACCUCACUGAUCAGGCUGUCCACAACAGUACCCAACACAAUUGUUGUGUCGUGGACCUCAGAAAUUGGACGGAGUUACUCUAUGGCGGUGUACCUGGUCAAACAGCUGUCAUCUACAGUUCUGCUGCAGAGGCUACGAGCCAAAGGGAUCAGAAACCCAGAUCACUCCAGAGCACUCAUAAAGGAAAAGCUAACAGCAGACCCUGACAGUGAAAUAGCGACCACCAGUCUAAGAGUGUCAUUAUUAUGUCCGCUGGGAAAGAUGCGGCUGAUGAUUCCGUGUCGAGCGUUGACGUGUUCACACCUGCAGUGUUUCGAUGGUACGCUCUACAUCCAGAUGAAUGAAAAGAAACCCACGUGGGUUUGUCCUGUUUGUGACAAAAAAGCACCCUAUGAACACCUCAUCAUUGAUGGGUUGUUCAUGGAGAUAUUGAACAGCUGUCUAGAUUGUGAUGAAAUCCAGUUUAAGGAAGAUGGCAACUGGGCCCCCAUGAGGUCGAAAAAGGAAGUGCAGGAAGUGUCUGCUUCAUACAAUGGCAUAGAUGGAGGGUGUCACACAGCGCUACCAGAACAGAACUCUCAAACAAACGGCAACAAUGGAGGCAGCAACAAAAAAGUGGAAGUGAUCGAUUUGACUCUUGACAGCUCAUCUGAAGAUGAGGAAGAUGAAGAACCCCCUCUGAAGAGAAGCUGUCCUUCACUAUCCAGCAUCUCUCCUCAGAUCGAUAAAGGAGUCCUGAAUCUCCAUUCACAAGCAUCUCCUGUGAGUCGAACUCCCAGCAUGCCACAAGUGGACACCAAUUACAUUCCCCCACCUCCCCCUUUAAUUCAGGACUACCGCCACUACUACUCCACGCCCACUGACCUGUCAGAUCUCAACUUUUUUCCUUUUUUACAAGGGGAGAAUCAUCAGCAUUACAACAUGGUGAUGGCAGCGGCUGCGUCAGCUUCUGAAGAUCAUGACCUUCUCUUGAGUCGCUUUCUCCCGUACGGCUCAUCUCAGCUUUUCCUGGACCCACCCUCCACUCCCGUAAGCAGCACCCUCCCCCCUAUCAACGGCGGCAGUACCGGCAGCCUGGUCUCUUCCAACAGCCUGCGGGACAGCCUGGGACACCCACAAGCCCCCCGCCCCGCCUCUGAAUCAGGUCCAACAUCUGCUAUUUAUGGCUCCAUAUCAGACGUCAUCUCGUUAGACUGACCUGGGACCAGAUCCUCACAUGAGAACUAGACUGAAGAGACUUCCUAACAUUGGGAUAGAAACAGGACAUACAGGAUGACUGAAGGGUGUUUUUGUAAACGAUGAUAAUCGUUGCUGUGUACAGAGAACAAAUAUAUUUUUUGUUUCACUUUUGUAUAUAACUAUCUAUCUAGCCAUCUAAUGUAUAUGUAAACUUGAAAGAGUUUUUUCCGGCUUGCUGAGUUACUUUGAGUUUUAUCUCUUUUGAAAACUGAAGAUAUUUUUCCCUCACAGCUCGGUGAAAACUUUUUAAUAUCCCCAUCUGUAUACUACGUCUGAUUCCACAGUGCACAAUGGCUGUAUUUGGACUGCCUCCCAACAAAACUUGACUGGACAGUCCGCACCGUGUUUCCUUCAAACAAGCAGGAUUAUCUUGUGUAGUGUUUUACGUGAGGCAUAUGGGGCGUUAAGAAACAUUCCUUCACCUUCAUUCUACCAACUGGAAGUAAAUGCAUUGUUACGGAUUGCCAAUAUCUGACCUCAUCAUUCUUAUGUGAAAUAUAAUUCGAACUACAUUUGCAUCCGCUUUCUUCAUAUUUUUCUUGCUCGAUGCCAAAAGAACACUGUUUAGUGUUGAAGUUUCUAGAGUGAGAGCUUGUGAGUUCAGUGAACUUAAUCAUACACCGUGUAUGGAACGUAAGGAUUUACUCUGCGGCUACCAUGUUUGAUUGUUCGUUCUUUCUAUCCUUUCCUCUCUACCUUACUUCCUUCGCUACACCUUACUUCCAUGUUUCAGAAGGAAUGCAUUUUUGGGAGAUUUAGCAGUGGCGCAGAUGUUAAGGUGUGAGCAUAUAUUUGCUCAUAGACCUCAAACAGGGACUGAGGUAUGUCUUAAUUCUCCAGUCUCAUUUAAUUUAGUCUUCAAUUGUCUGUUGAGUCAUUUGUGUUUGGUACUGUUGGUAUUGUACAAGAGCAAGAGGUCCUAUGGCCACUCUUUAUUUCUUCUGCUGUUGUGUCACGUGUGCCUUGUUUGUGAGUGUGAUUUGUGUGUGAAAGACUGAGCCUGUUAUGUCUUGUGCUUAGUCUAUAGACGGUUUCAUCGGACCUAUGUCUGGGCGGAACUUAACUUCUGGUUUCUGUUUGUUUAACGGUCUGCCUAGUGGCUAAACUGAACUCUGGAACAAAUACCUCGAUGAAAAUAACAAAUAUUUUGGUUUACUUAAUUUGUGGGGAGACGGCGAUCAUGGAUCAAAGCUAUGUGAUGGGAGCUGAUCUGUAAGAUUGUAUACGUUAUAUAGUACACUUUAACAGUAACGUUAGCUCAGUGUUAGGGCUGGGCAAAAUUUUUUAUUUUUCGAUUAAACGUUUUUUAAACGUGGUCGAUUAAAAAUCGAUUAUCAAAGAGCAGAAUCUAUUUUUCUUUCAUAUUUAUUUCCGCAAACAUUGAACGUAAGAUUACCGUUAAUCUAAUUACUAGUCUUCUUCACUAGAUGUCACCCUCUUUUUUGCCUUGCGCGAUGUUACCAAGGAGAGGUGAGCCUGUCAUUCAUUCAGUGCUUAAAAUGGCGGUUUCAUGGUGCUUCAUCGACGUUGAUGCCACCUUCACAUAAAAAGUCAGAGGUAUGGAAGCAUUUUAGAUUUCGCAAGCAAGACGACGACGAUAGUGUUGUGGCUUUUCAUUUCUUUUUAUUAAUUACCCACUUGUAAACUGCUGUUCAUUGUUCUUUUUUAUUAAUAAAGUAUUUGUAUUAAAUCUAUAUUUAUUGAGUUGAAUCGAGAAUCGAGUAUAAAAACCUACCCGAGAAACGGAAUCAGAAAAUUGAAUCGAAAUCGAAUCGAUACGAUAGCUUGUGAAUCGAAAUCGAAUCGAUCUGGAACAUCUGAAUCGAUACCCAGCUUUACUCAGUGUAAUGUUUGAUACGCUUUAGCUAUGAUUUGGUAUACUACUUGUUGUUUAUUUUUAUAUUAUAAUCUAUAGUUAUUGAUUCUUUGCAGAGUUUACCAGAAGUUACGUUUGUUCCACGAAAGCCGUUUGUUUAUGUUGUUACUGCUGAAACCGUCUAUAGUAGGCUGAAGCUCAUGGCACCCAUUUGAAGCUCUUUCCCCCUUCUACAAAUUCAGUGUUUGUAAACAAAUAAUUUGAUUGACUAGCCAAGGUUUGAUAUGUCCUUUCAUGUGCUGCUAGGAGUUAAUAGAGGAAGUUUGUCGCUUUUUAAGUUCAAAAAGUAUUUGAAACAUUUAGUUAGGAAACCUAUAUUGUGUUGUAAAAAGAAGUAAUGUGUUGGAGAGAUGCUCUGUUUGAAGAAAAUAUCUAAAGUUUUUCUUUUCUUUUUUUAUUAUUUCUGCUUAUAGGAAACAGGCUGACUGGUGUGCACGUGCGUGCGUGCGCGUGUGUGUGUGUGUGUGUGUGUGUGUGUGUGUGUGUGUGUGUGUGUGUGUGUGUGUGUGUGUGUGUGUGUGUUUAGCACUAAGCCUUUGCUGCUGUGGCACUCCCAAGGUCCAUGUGCUGUCCAGACAUCCUUGAGUGUAUUUAGGUUUGUAAAUGAGGUAAUUGCGUGUGAAAAAAUUUAGCUAUCACGCUUAGCGUUGUUUGAUGGGCUAAGUCUUGAUAAGUCUCGCUCUAUUAUUUUCAUUUCUCUUUAAACCUCUUAUCAAUUCAUAUUUCCCCCUGAACGUGUUAGAUAUGCUUAGUGUGUCUAUCAGUUGAUUGUGUCUUGCAUAGUUGAUUGGUUGGAAAUGUAAUUGGUCAAGUAAUGAACAAGAUAGCAGCCAUGGAGACAAAAAUAUGGAUGCUGUUAUUGUGUAAUACUGAAUACCAAAUAUACUAUUAUUAUUAUUUAAUCUCUAGCAGUGUUAAUGGUUGACUCUUUACAUUUUAACAAGUAAAUGUUAAAAUGUACAGUUCUCGUCCUUUAUUGUUUUGAUUUGAAAUUAUGUAAAUGGAAAGGUUUGUUAACGAGGUUAAACAAUCUGGGUUUAAUGACACAAGCAGAACUUGAUGACAGUUUCCAUCAAUUUUGGUAAUAGUGAUUAAAGGGAGUGUGUGUGUGUGUGUGUGUGUGUGUGUGUGUGUGUGUGUGUGUGUGUGUGUGUGUGUGUGUGUGUGUGUGUGUGUGUGUGUGUAUGAAUGAGUGUUUUUUGUUACGAUACAAGGCAAAAAUUGUACAGCCUUGGAUGUUCCAGUGAUGUGCAUUUAUGUGUUAAAGUGGAAUCCGCAACAUUACAACAAAAUAAUUUAUAUAUUUUUUAGAUGCUGUGCUACGAGUGGACUUGGUGUCAAGGUCCAAAUUUAUUUUAUUUUCCAUUUCAGUAAGCUGACAUCUAUGCUCACUGCCUUAAACUUCAUCCACUCUGUGUCUGUGGCAUGUUUUAGAGAGAAAAAAGAUUUUUAAGAUGUGGAAGACAUAUUGUACACUAGACCAAUGUCAGUUUGUAUAAAGUACUAAGUGAAAAAAUAUUUAUUACAUGCAUUGAAAGAAAUUGUUUACCUAUUGAAUGUUACAUGUUUAUGUAGACAUUUAGAUGUAAUAAAAUGCAUUGAGCUAACUUUGGUUCGUACAGUGAAUUAUCUCAAUGCCAUUCUGCUUAGUAAUAAAUGUCAGAUUCAUGUGGAAAGUUAAGAAUCUACAUUGAGUAGCCUACAAGGUGAUUGUUCAUUUUUUUUAUCAUCACAACAUAAACCUAUUCAACAACAC